AUGGACAUUCGUACGCAUAUGGCGGCCAUUCGAGACUGUUUGGGAAUGUGUCCACAACAUAAUGUUCUCUUUGAUAAGUUGAAUGUGGAAGAGCAACUGAAAUUCUACGGUGGUCUGAAAGGUUUACGUGGUGAUGUGCUUGACGCAGAAGUGCAAUCGAUGCUUGCCGAUAUUGGUCUGGAAUCGAAACGUGAUCAAAUAGCUAGUGAUCUAUCGGGUAUGUUUGUUAGGAGUUAG